AGUAUCCAGAAUAUUCUCUUCGAGAGCGGAGCCACGCCUCAGGAAUUUGAUAGGGCUACUGUACAGCUGAGUCCUGACGCUGCAGAGAUUUCCUCCUCCCCGCCUGCAAGGGUGGGCGAGAGAGACUCAAGUGUCAGAAAGUUGUGGGCAACUCAGGCAAACUGAUUGGAUCUGUGCAGCAGGCGUUGUGCUUUUGUCACGGGAUAGCCCCCCCUCCCCGUGCAAAUCUUCAGAGAAGGUGGAACAAAAACCCAAACCCAAACCAAACAAAGCCUUUUGAAGCUCAGUUUCUUUGCCUAGACCCUGGAAGGGGAUUCAGGUUUGGAGGUUAGUACUGGAAAAUGUGAAGUGCUUUGCUUUCUGCACUCAGCUAUGUGGCAAGUAAUUUAAACCAGGGAGAAGUGCAGCAAGGGUGACAGAUUUGCAUUUUUUAAAAAAAUCCAAUUUAGCAGACAUUAGUUGCAGUAGAGAUGAGCAAAGGAGAACAAGGGCUUUUUUUCUUCUUUUUUCGAAAGCAGGACGGUGGGAUUUUAAAGCGUGGAGGGAAAGGAAAGGAAAGCAGAAUGCAGAAACUACAGUAGAGUGGGUGGAAGGGAAGUCAAAACAAGAAGCUUGGAAGUAACUUUCCUGCCAUAUAAAUGAGGGCUGGAGGGGAGGGGAAAUGGGGCCAGUAGUUCAGCUGUUUAAAAUAAACUUGACAUCUGCCAAAGUUUGCAUGUUGCUAGCUUGCUGUGCUGGGGAAAGGGGAAAGAGGGAUUUUAGAGAGUCGAGAAGUAGAAUCUAAAAAGGUGAAAGCAAAUGUUAGCAAGAAUUAAAUCUAGCUGGGUAAGCAAACUGGAUAGGCAGCUUUGAUAGGGGAUAUAUCGUGGCUGGGAAAUAACUGCAAACUUAGACGUUGGAUCACCGGAGUUUCUUUUCCUGAGCUGUGAAGGGUGUUGGGAGGGACAGAGAGGGGAAAAAGAGGAACGGGGAAGAAGCUGGAUAAAGUAAACAAGGUCCACUUUUCUGGGGUUUUGUGGUAUGUUACAGGGAAGAAAGUGAGGCGGGCUUCGCAGAGAAUUAAUUGAAACAAUUCACCAACUGCUACAAGAACAAGCUGACAAUAGUAAUACGCCAAGAGAGAGGGGAAGCGGUUAGGGACGACUUUUUCCUGGAAACCUUUUGGCGAGUCUCAGAUGGCUGCUAGGAGGAGGAGGGGAAACUUUCCUUCCAUGACCCGUAAGGAAACCAAUUGUUUCAGAAGUUCUAUUUGCUGUUUAAAAUUUUAAUUUCUUCUCAAAUUAGGAAGCGCGCAGUUUCCAAUUCACACAUACAUAUUACCAAAUGGAUAGUUCUGUCCAAGCUACAAAUCUGUGGGGAAAGAAUGUGUUCCCUCCCUUUAUUUUUUAUUUUUUUAAAUCCUCUCUUACAAACACCUUUCAGUGUGGUGUAGCGAUCGAAGUGUUGGACUAGGACCUGGGAGACAAGAGACCCCUCCAGACUGCUGGUGGUUUUUAGUGGCUGUAUUCUGCAGCAUGUUCUGACAAAAUAAUAGUGCAGUCGUGUUGGGUUUAUUCAGCCUGAGUUUGUUCCACAAGGUUUCCCCAGUGCUCCCACAUUAUUGCUGUACAGAGGGGCUAUAGUCACCACAAAAGUGGGGCAACUGCCCCCCACCGGCUAGCUGUAAUAAACUGAGGUGUCUAGACCACUUCCAACAAGAAUGGCAAGUGCUGUUUUGAACCCAAAGCAGAAAACACGAAGGACCAAACACAUUGAACAUACUCAGCCAGCAGGUUGUGGGGAAACAAAAGGGGAAUGUAUCAAGACAGUAUUCUGCAUAUUCACAUUGCAACCCAUGCAGUAUAUAUGCACAUCUGAUAUGAGUCAGAGAAGUCAGGUUACAGAACCCAGCUGAUUUCGUAAGGGGACACCUCCCUGUUACAUAAGUUGGCUCAAACAUUUCUAAAGGGAUUACAAGCCCUGCUGCACAGCAAACUGCAAGAACAACAAAAUGCUGAAACUGUAGUGAACUGGGAGGGGUUCAAGAUUGAAUGAAAGCUGAAUGAACAGGCAUGAUAUAUCAAAUGACAAUCCCUAAUUUAUAGGGCCUUGGGCCCAUUUUGCUCUGUCUUCCAUGUGGCAGCCCUUCAGAUAUUUGAAGGGCUCUCAGUCUUCUCUUUUCCAGGCUAAACAUACCCAGCUCUCUCAACUGUUUCUCAUAAGCAGGCAUAGGCAAACUCGGCCCUCCAGACGUUUUGGGACUACAACUCCCAUCAUCCCUGACCACUGGUCCUGUUAGCUAGGGAUGGGGGGAGUUGUAGUCCCAAAACAUCUGGAGGGCCGAGUUUGCCUAUGCCUGUUCAUAAGGCUUCCUUUCUAGAUCCUGUAUCAACUUGUCCACCCUCCUCUGCACAUGUUUCAGCUUGUCAAUAACCUUCUUAAACUGUGAUGUCCAUAACUGGAUACAGUACUCCAGAAUACAGUACUGACCAAGGCAGAAGAGAGUAGUACUAUUAUAGGACAUCACAUGACCAUUAAAGGCACAGCUACAGGAGCAAAUGGAGGUGUAUAAAAUUAUGAUAGACAUAUAUAAAAUUAUGCAUGGUGUAGAGAAAGUGGAUAGAGGAGUCACACACACACACACACUCAUAAUGCUACAACUUGAGGACAUUCAAUGAAGCUGAAUAUUGGGAGAUUUCCAGGCCAGGUCUCUCACCUGGAAAGGGUCCAUAAUUAGGCCACAAAGCAGUCCAGGUACUGGACACCCAGCUAGUAAUUCAGGCAAGAUCAAGGUCAAGAGACAGUCCAAGUUCAGGUCACACAGAGGCAAUAGUUCAGGCAAUGUAAUAAGCAAAGGUGAGCUCAAGAGGAAAUCCACAGUCUGAUCACAUAGAGGUAAUUCUACCUCCGCUGUCAUAGGCGGCCUGUUUCUGAAUACCAGUUACUUGAAACAAUACGAGGGGAGAGUACUGGUUUCUUCCAGGUUCUGCUUGCAAGCUUCUCAUAGACAUCUGGCUAGCCACUGUAGAACAAGAUGCUGGCCAUUGCCUGAUCCAGCAGAACUCUUUUUGUGUUCAGUUCAAAAGUUGGCAGCUCUGGUUGCAACAGCUAUCACUAUCAAAUGGUUCAGGGUACAUAAACCCGUACUUAAGGUAAAUGGUUAACUUAAUUGCAAGGUCAUGCUGCAGCAUACUAAAAUCCAGAUUGUAUUUAACGGAUCAUCAUCACCAUUAUUAUUUCUUUAUUGCAUUUAUUUACCGCCCUAUACCUGGAGGUCUCGGGGCAGUUCAUCAUCAACUGCAAGCCUCUGAGAUCAAUUCUGGCCCUCUCAGAGAGGGAGCAGCUAUAAGAACUUGGGUUGGUGGCAUAGUUCACUCUGAUCUGAGAGAAAGAUUCAAAAUCAACAAAGAAACUGCAGAGAAGCAGAGGGGGUCUGGGAUAGCUCAGUGGGUAGAGCAUGAGGCUCUAAAUCUCAGGAUUGUGGGUUCGAGACUCACGUUGGGCAAAAGAUUCCUGCAUUUUAGGGGGCUGGACUAGAUGAUCCUAGUGGUCCCUUCCAAUUCUAUGAUUCUAUGUGUGCUUGUUCAACAGCUCAGUUUUAAGCUGCUCAGAUCUGCUUAGUCAUACAUCCCCAUUCUAUUUCCAAGGCCUGAAAGGUAGAUAACUGUAUGCUUUGUGCCUUUAACAACUGUAUGAGAGGUGGAAAUUCGACAGAUAAAACUGUCGCCCAGCACAAAGUCAGAGCAGUCUACCUGCUGAAUGAUGGGAGAUGGAGUUUAAGUACAUGAUCAUUAAAAGAUGGGCUUAACAAUGAGGAGCAUGCCUUACCCUUGAUGCAAUCACAUUGAGGCUCUGAGUUUAGGAAAGACAGGUUUAUUAAAGGAAAUACCGUAUUUUUUGCUCUAUAAGACUCACUUUUCCCCUCCUAAAAAGUAAGGGGGAAUGUGUGUGCGUCUUAUGGAGCGAAUGCAGGCUGCGCAGCUAUACCAGAAGCCAGAACAGCAAGAGGGAUCACUGCUUUCGCUGCGCAGUGAUCCCUCUUGCUGUUCUGGCUUCUGGGAUUCAGAAUAUUUUUUUUUCUUGUUUUCCUCCUCCAAAAACUAGGAGUGUCUUGUGGUCUGGUGCAUCUUAUAGAGCGAAAAAUACAGUACAUGCUUGAUAGAAAAGAUCCUAGUUCUAGCUAACUGAAGUGGAGGGAGAAAAAGAGCGCCAUGCCUGCUCUUUGUUCUCAGCAAGAGAAACAUAACAAUGUCUCCUCUCUCAAGAUAAGAGUGGGAGCCGUAGGAAAUGAGGUCAGCUAGAGUGAGUGCAUCAGUCUAGCACCUGAGGAAAGGUCAGCACAUAUUAAAGGACAAUCUAGGAAGCCAUGAGGUUUCCUCUCUAUCUUCUUUCUCUCCGUGCAGACCCACCAGCCUCCAAUACAAGCGGAGUUGUAUCCCAACACUUCCAAUGUUCUGUCUGUUUAAUCCCCAGUUUUCUGUAUCUUCCAUUUUAGGACAGUCCAUAACAUUGUUCUACUGCGAAACUCAGUUGUGCAGUACUUGACAAAGUAGAAGGCUGAAAAGAUGGCUGGGAAACCCAAGUUGCACUAUGUCCGAGGGAGAGGGAAGAUGGAAUCUAUACGCUGGCUCCUUGCAGCAGCUGGAGUGGAGGUUUGUGUGACCGUAAAAAUAAAAGGGGGAAGGCAACGCUGGAUGAAUGAACUAGCAAUAGUUGAGAUGAAUGGCCUCUUUUGCACACACAGCUGAAUAUAUGUGCAGUAUGUUGUGCUAUUAACACAAUUCUCUCUGUAUGUUUGUGUGUCUGUAUACACAAACACAUACACUUCUACUGCAACUCAGGAGAAUGUUUUAAGCAUCUUAUGAAGUGGACUGUAGUCCAUGAAAAGUUAUGCCAUACUAAAAUUAUUAUUAUUAGUUGUUGUUGUUGUUUAUAUGCCGAUCAUCUGACUGGGUUGCCACAGCCACUCUAGGCAGCUUUAAGAUGCCACAAGACUCUGAUGUUAAUCUAGGGUUGCCAUAUCUUGAAGAGCAAAAAGGAGGACAGCCCGAGCCACUGCCAGUCUGAGCUGGGGCUGCCGCCACACCCAUGCGCCUCUUAGUCCCCAGCUCAGGCUGGCAGCGGCCACAGCAUGCAGAGCAGUCCAAGCCCAAGCCCUCUCCCCCCCCAAACUAGGACAUGUCCUGUAAAAUGUAAACAUCUGCAUGGAUGGGCAUGCCAGCCCUCCAAAAGAGGACAUGUUCAAGUUUCCCCAGACGUAUGGCAAACCUAGCUGCAUAGGAAAAUCUCUAUCCCAAGUAAUAAAACGAUUUGGCUGCCAAUUCAAGGGACAGUUGUUUGUUUUCAAUCAUACAGCACAAUCCUAUACAUGUUGACUUAAAUGGGAAUCCCAAUGAGUUUGGUGGGCUGUACUCCCAGGCAAGUGAAUAUAGGUCAUCUAAUCAGCCAUAUAGUUCAGAGAAAUGCAUGCAAACCUGUUAUGUACUGAGUUGAAUAGGAUCCAAAAUGCAGCAGUCUGAUUGGUCCUAGAACAAUAGGAUUCAGAAUGCAGCAGUCUGAUUGGUCCUAGAACAAUAGGAUUCAGAAUGCAGCAGUCUGAUUGGUCCACAGGAGCCACCCAAUCCAGCUCCAGGUGGAAGUGAAUCCGCAACCUGAUUGGCCUACAGGAGAAUCCCGGAAUUAGCUAAUCACGUGGGGCUCAUUGUGUAAAUAAUGUAUAUAAAGCAGACAUUCUGGGGGGAGUUCCAUUCCUCCUCACCACUAUGAGCUGAAUAAAGAGCAUGAAAUCCACUCUCGACUCCGAGUAUAUUUCAAAAACAGAGAACCUGUGGGUGUAUUUUAGAAUAUAUAUAAAAAUAUUUUUGGCAUAAUAGAAAAUGCUAUAUGUAAGAGAGAGGGAUCACACUCCCCAGCUACAGAGGGAAGGCCAAGACAAAUGUGUCUCUGGGAAUGAUUCAGAAUCUUCAACAUGAUCUCAUUUCAGUGGGUUGGACGGUUUGUCUUUUGAAGUCCUUUCAAGCAAUAGAAUCAUAUGAAUGGUGUGGCACACUGAAAAUAAACAUAGGAAAGAAACUCUGCAUUGUAUACUGAACCAAGCGCAUGAUUUCUGCCAAGACAAAGGGGCCCUUUUCAUCCCAACCAUCCUUUUUGUAAUAUGAAUCAAUACGAGGGUACAGCAGUGAGGCAGGGAAAAAGGAAUUUAAUGGCUGCAUUGCAUUUUGCAGGUUUUCAAAACAGUCCCCCAAGCUCCAGGUGCUUUUAAAGUCAAGGAAAAUGACAAGCAUCUAUUUCUCUCAAGAUAAUUAGGACAUGAAAAACAAACAUGAUUCUGUUUGUUCUAUUCUGUUUCAGUUUGAAGAACAAUUCAUUGAAACAAAUGAAGACUUGGAAAAAUUACGGAAAAGUAAGUCUAUGGGUGAAGGUAUUCUCUACAUGGGACUGAUAUAUUUAAAGAAUUAAGGGGGAGCCCCCAUUGAUUCUUUAAAUGAAAACCUCAGAGACCACUUAGUGUUGGGAUCCACAUCAGAGUCUACAAAUACUGUUAUUUUCAUGGGUAAAAAAAAAAAAUUGGUUUGGUUUUCGCUUGCACAGGAAAAACACAAAGGAAUUUGGAUUUGGGGAUGUCAUAGAAUUUCAACAGAAAUGGAAGUGGGAGCAGAAAUUGCCAGCUUGGUGUAUUUACCCAUGUCCAGAAUGGAAAUCAAUCCGCUUAAUAUGACUGGGAUUCACUGUUGUUUCUUUCUGUUCGCAAAUGACACAUAAUUGAUAUUUAUUUAUUUCCCGCCCGUUCUUCACCCUAUGGCCCCAAAGAGGGGGUUGCAAUAUUAAAACACAACAUUGAAAACAGUUUGAAAGUACUUACAAACAACCCAUUUGUGUUGAGUUUACGAUGCACCAAACUGAAUGGGAUGACAUAACAUAACACCAACGUAAGCUAUGUAACUAAUUCUGUAAUGAGAGCUGGGAGGGUCCAUUCACUUUUGUGUGAGAUAAAGGUUAAAAUCCACCUAAAGAGGGCUUUAUUCUUUCUUUCUUUCUUUCUUUCUUUCUUUCUUUCUUUCUUUCUUUCUUUCUUUCUUUCUUUCUUUCUUUCUUUCUUUCUUUCUUUUUCUUUCUUUGUCUUUGUCAUUUUGUUUUCCUUUUGCUUCCUCUUUCUUAUUACUUUGUCUUUUAUUGUAUUGUAUCUCGAAAAUUUUCAAUAAAAAAUCUUUUAAAAACCCAUUACAAUGGAGAGAGAAAUGAAUGAUGAAUAGGAACAGUGUAUAGAAUAAAUACAGGCUGGAAUGGAAAAUGAUGUCUUUUUGCAUCUCUAUUUGAAUCAUACAAACCAAUGGGGAGCCACAUUUUCCUAAAGAAAGCUGCUGUACCGAGAUGUGAUCCUUAUUAGAGACUGCAAUACUUCAGUUUUAACUUUCAAAGAAGGCAGGCUGAAUCAAUCUGAAAUACUAAGUUUGUGAGAACUGAAUCAUUCACCCCCAUCUUUUUCUCCUUUAAAGAUGGACAGCUCCUGUUUCAGCAAGUGCCCAUGGUGGAAAUAGAUGGCAUGAAGAUGGUGCAGACGCGAGCUAUUCUCAACUACAUCGCAGCAAAGCACAACCUCUACGGGAAGGACCUGAAGGAGAGAGCACUGUACUUAUUAACAUGUAGAAUUCACUCUAGGUCUAUUUUUGAAUAGAAAGCCAGCUCUUGACAGAAGCUGAAAACACGGAAUGUCUGCCCUGAACUGCAAACAUUCAAUCAUCUUUCUGUUUAUGCAUCUCUAUAUUCCCAGAGCUAUAUGUCACAAUGUGAUUCUUACAAGAACAUUUAGACUAAAGCUCGUUGGGGAGGGAAACUGCCUAAUAACAUGAUAAUACCAAACACAUCAUGCACCAUGCCUGCUAACCUUCCAUACAUGUGUGAAAGAUCCCACCAUGCAUACUGGGUUGCAACUGACUGGUUGCACAAAUAUAUGUCCUUCCACAUGGCUGCUGAAAUGUAUUAGAGCUGGUCAUGAUUUUUCACCUGCAUAUAAAUUUAGGAAUGGUGAAAGUCACAUAAGUAAUUAUAUAUAUUUUUCUGUUUGGGUAAACAGCAUCAUAGAAUCUGUUUCUAUUUUUUAUUUACUGUAUACAUUAUAUCAUUAAUGUAUUGCUAAUUUUGGAAUGUAUAAUAUGCUGUAAUUAUAUUUUGAUUUUCUUGUACUUUGACUGACAGCAACAAGAAGAAGAAGAAGAAGAAACACAAAAAAUGAAAGUAACUGUGCUAAUGGCUUCUUUCAGGAUUGACAUGUACGUGGAAGGAACAACUGAUCUGAUGGGGAUGAUAAUGACGCUCCCUUUCCAGCCCCCUGAGAACAAAGAAAAGCAGACCAGCCUAAUUUUUGAGAGGGCCACAACCAGAUACUUCCCAGUUUAUGAAAAGGUAAGGGAUUGUCAGGUAGCAACGUAGAAUGUGCAGCUAGACCUUAACUGCUGAAGGUAUAUGGGGAGAACCAUCUAUAGCAGCAGCAAAAUUCUGCAGCAGCACUUAAAUGUGGAAUAGUAAACCUACAAGUCUACCAACAUUUUGUACUACAACUCUCCUAAUUCCUGACCAUUGGCCAUGCUGGCUUGGGUUGAUGGGAGCUGGAGUCCAGCAAAUAUGUGGUUUCCCACCCCCGAAGUCAAGUUCCAAUGCUACUGAGCAGAGGAUCACAGCAAUGAGGGCCUUUCGGUGUUAUUCAAUGGGAUACAUGCAGGUGUGUAAAAUGUAUAUUUGAAUGAAAAAGCCAAGUGGCUACUCUCAUGGGACAGUCCCUGCCUGCCUCUCAGCCUUACAUGUCUGAAACACAAAAGAAGCAGAAAUAAUCCACAACGAGCAUCUGUUGCCCAGUAUGACCCAGGGGUCUACAAAUCCUCAACACUGACUUCUAUUUCUUUGUAUGCCACAGGUUUUAAAAGAUCAUGGACAAGAUUUCCUUGUUGGUGGGAAGUUCAGCUGGGCAGAUGUCCAUCUGCUUGAAGCUAUUCUGAUGGUCGAAGAGAUGAAGCCUGAUGUUCUUUCUGCCUUUCCUCUGCUGCAAGUGAGUGAACUAGGACAUGUUCUGAGAAAUGAGAUGGAGCGGAAACUGUAAGGCUGUGUGUAUUCACAGAGUGCAAAUACAGCAACUGGAUAAACGUCAGUCAUAGGAGUGUGUUGCACUUAGCAUGUCAUCAUCUCGAUGAUGGUGAUUAUGGUGGUGUAUGAGAGCAAGUCCAAGUGGCCAUCUGGGGGAUAUGUCUUAUGUCCUUAUGUCAGGCAUCUAGACUUCUGCAUCUACUUUGCUUGAUGAUAAAAGUGCUUCAUCUCCUGGCGAGAAUUGCCUUAGUUUGAUGCAUUACAAGACAACCUGACCAAAAAAAGGCUCACUGGAUUAUAAAGUUGGAGGGGGCCUUGUAGAAAGACUAUAGAGAAAAUUCAGAUUUCACAUGUGGAUUUAACACCAUGGGACCACAGAUCUUUUUCCAUAGAUGCAUUCUUCCACUGAUUUAGACUCAUGUUUAUAAUUAUCUCUGAAUACUUUUACAAUGCUUGUAAAAAUAUGCCCCUGCUUAUUAUUAAGCAGAUUGGUUGCUUUUCAAAACUCCCAUGUCACAAUAGUGCUUAAAACUUUAUUUCAACCACUCAGAAUUUGACAAUCAAAGAAUUCCAUUUUCAGUACAGUCAUACCUCGGGAUAAAUACGCUUCAGGAUAAGUAUUUUCAGGUUGCGCUCCACAGCGACCCGGAAUGAACGGAGCGUGUUACUUCCGGGUUUUGCCGCUCGCACAUGCUCAGACAGUCAAAAUGAUGUCACGCACAUGCGCGGAAGCAGCGAACUGCGACAUGCGCAUGCGCAGACGUGCUGUUGCGUCUUACUUUCUGUUCCCGUUCGCAUCCUGAGGUACCACUGUACAUGUCUAGAAACAACAACAAUAAUAAUGCAUGUGAAAACAUAUAACAUUUUCAAAACCCCUGCCCAAAGUUCACAAUGAUUCAAAAGGAAAAUGGAAUGGGGAGGGAAGAGGAAAGCAAACAUUUGAAGCUGAUGGAUGGGGUCUUUUUCUCAAAUGUAAGCCCAUCUAUCUUGGGAAGUUUUUCUUAUUCUUAGAGGAGAUUCUUGUUUUUUCAUCUAGGCCUUCAAGACAAGAGUAAGCAACAUCCCUACAAUUAAGAAAUUCUUGCAGCCUGGCAGCCAGAGGAAGCCCCCAUUUGAUGAAAAGUAUAUUGUACAGAUCAGGAAGAUUUUCAACUUCUGAGCACUUCAGCUACGACAGUCACUGCAAACAGUGGCCUUAUUUUUCUUGAUUUAUACUGCUUCUCCACAUACACCUUCGCUAACUUUUUGUCAGCCACCUUGAUAUUUUAUUACAAAUUCUGUGAAAAGUUACUCCCACAUCUAACUCAACUUUUAAAUCCAUUCUGGUAAGGGGGCAUGCUUUCAGAAACCUGGCAUAAUCAUGGGUAAUAAUAAUGUACAAACCAGUUUGGGAUAAGAAAAUGAUGGGGUUAUAUAGACCCUUCAUGCUGCUCAAUCCAGACUAAAAGUACAUUCUUUCAGUAUUAGCUCAGAAUAGAACUUGCUGGUGGCAAAAGUAGUUCAAUUACAUUAAUCGGGAUUUAUGCUAAACAUGUGGGGAGUCUAUGAUUUUGAUGCUUGAGAGCCCAGGUAGAUCCAAACAAGGCCUUAAAAUUGAAUUACAACAUUUUGCAUGAAUUUCAGGGCUAUGUACUAAAUUUUAGAAAUCUGUUGUUGUGUACUAUAAUAUCAACCCCAACAUCCAGUUAGAUUUAUACAGAUUACUCAGAGGCCUUUCGAUUUUUAUGCAUUCAUAUACCAAAAAAAUUGAAUAAAAUGUUUAAAUUAAAUUUUUGUCCAUCGUUGGAAAACAUUGCCAGGGUCAACAAACAAUUGGUUAUGUGCCACUUAGAAUGUCUUCAGAUGAGCAGCAGCAGGAGAAAUGUAGGAAUCAUGUCAAAGGCAGUCAUAUGUACUGUUAGUGAUUAUUACUAUGUUACUAAAUUAUCCUUUGUCUUCCUUGACCUACGACACAAAUCUAUUCAGGCACUGAAUUUGUUACUAUGUAGUAGCUCAAUCAUUACCAAGGAUAACUGCCUUAACAAUUAAAAUGCAUAUCUUUCUUUUCUGUUGA